UACUUUAGGAAGAUACGCAUCCAAAUUCUUUCUGCUCAGUGUAGUUUUUCUGGUUCUUUCAGCACUGCCAGUCCUUUCCCUCAGUCUGUUCAGGCGGGGAAUCUGACUAUCCAAGGUUAGCUUGGAGCCACAGGCACGUUGAACAAACCAGAAAAACAACCCGCGGGAGGAAGCGACAUCUUCACGCUAGCCCUUCACUAGGAUGAGCACAGCAAAGGCUCCCUAGACACAGACUGAAUCUCCUUUUGGCCCCGAGUUGAGUUAGUCUGUAUGACUGGCCCCUCCCGGACCCGGGCCACGUCACUCCCGGUGGGCGGGGUGGGAAGGAGUCUCCUCAGGUGAGUGCGGAUCGCCGGCCAGAACUCUUCAGAUUUCCUGGGGUCUCGCCCUCCCGCCUCAUGACCAUCGCUUUCCUCUGCUCUCUCAAGGGGAGAAGGAGGUUGCCAGCACCUGGCUGAUGCGAUGAUUGCGCUCUCAGAUCUCGAACCGCGGCACGAAGAGGCAGAGCCUCUGAACAGUUCAGUUCCUCAAUCAACCAUCGUCCAAGUGGAGAACCUCGAGCCAGCCCAGGCUAAACGACAAAACCCCUGGAAAUCCUGUAAUAAGCCUGUGAGGGGGAAGUGUAAACUGUGGAUGGCAAUUGUUUCCAUCUUCAUAGUCUUCAUUGUAAUGAUUGUUAUAAGUUUGAUUAUCCAUGAAGCAAGCUAUAGAGAUGAAGAUGAAAACGAAGAACUUGAAUUGGUAGCUAAUAAAACAUUCUUGGUCACACUAAAGAUUCCAGAAGAGUGUGUGGCUCAAGAGGACAUACUAUCUAAUGAGCUCAAUAAAAGGCUCACAACUCUUUACGGUUCAUCUCCAGCUCUGAGCCGAUAUUUUGCUUCAGUUGAAAUAGCUGACUCCAGUGACAAUUCCACUGUGGCAUACCACCUACACUUUGCAGUUCCAUCAGAUGAUGACGCCUUUAUGAAGUACAUGAUGAGUGAGGAGUUAGUGCUGGGCAUUUUGCGACAAAAUUUUAAUGAUAAGAGUGUAACAGGCUGUGAAACUCUGGGGAUUGAUCCAACUUCUCUCUCACUCUCCUAAUGAAAUGGAAUCACACUCUUGGUUUCUGAAGACCAUAGUCUUUCAGUAUCUGUUACUUUUCUGGAAAGAGAAAACUAGUUUCAUAUUAGAGACAGAAAUUUGCUAUCACCAUCAUUCUGAAGACUAUAACUAGAGACUAAAGAGACUCAGACCAUUGUCCUUUGGAAUCCUUAUCCUGUUGUACACAAGCAAUUCACUUGAUUCUUCCUUUAAUGGGCAGAAGAAAAAGCUGUCGUCACGGGCCCAGAGAAAUCCUCUCCACUCUAUGGAAUAUGAAGAGUAUAUCAUUUCCUGUAGCUAAUCAGAACACUGUGUAGCCCUAACUAGCAGGAUAGCACCUGAAUAGCCCCAGGUAUUUAAACUUGUAAAAGCAGAUGGGAGAGGGAGGAAAUUCUUGUGCAUGUAUUUGGUGGCUGGUUUCCUCACCAACAGGGGCAUUUCUGGUACACAUUCCCCCCUAGUAUGUGGCAGCUGCAUAUACAAUUGUUAUUUGAAAUAAUUUUUUAGAUAGUUGGUAGCUAUAAGGAAUAAUGGGGGAGUCUAGAGGUCUAUGGACUCUUGAUGGGUGAAAAAAGGCUUGAAAUUUUCUAGUGAUGAAGGAAAAAGUGAGUCAACUACUUUUUGUAGGUUUCUGGACACUAGUUAGGGAUAAUAUGAUCUACCUCCUAGACCAAGUGUAGCUUCCUUUAGGGUAGUACAAAAUAUUGAGUAAUAAAGCUAUGAUCAUAUACAUGAGAGUAGGAGACCCUAGUAUACUCAUUGCCAUGUCAAUUUGUGGUACUUUAUUCUAUAACACCUUUUUUUUUUUUUUUUUUUUUUUUUGGCUACUAAAUGUCAGUAUAUUUCUAGUAUAAUUGGAACCUGAGGGCAGCUAGGUGAUGUAGUGGAUAGAGUGCCAGUAGUCAGGAAGAUUAAUUUUCCUUAGUUCAAAU